UGUACAUAAGUAAACAACAACCACCACCCGGCCACGGCCAGGCCUUUUCACCUUUACCAGAGAUAAACAAAAUGUACACGUCCGGCCUAACCAACACGCCCAUCACUAAGAACCUCCUAAUCUACACCAUCGCCUCGUCAGUCCUGCUCUCCAUCCUCGACUCCAAGCAUCUCGUAUCGAUCUACGUCUCGCCGCAUCUCUGGCAGUACGGACAAUUCUGGCGCGCGGGGAUAUGGCAGGUUGCGGGCUUUGCGAACUCGACAGAGGCGCUUUUUGCGGCGGUUCUGGUUUAUCAUCUCAGGGUCGUUGAGAGGGGGUGGGGGAGGAGGAAGUUACUCUCGUUUAUCCUCUCAACACUACCGUAUACAACCUUCCUCCCGCCGUUCCUCAUGGCCCUCGUCAUCCGUCCCCUAUCCUUCAACACAAUCAAUUACCUCCCCUCCGGGCCCGUGGCAACCCUCUUCGCUCUUCUCGCCCAAUACCACGCUCUAAUCCCACACACCUACCGCUACCGCAUCGGCACGUCCAUCAGUGCCGAAACUUCACCCACGAAAGGAAUAACCCUCCUCCUCUCCAACAAAAGCACAACAUACCUCCUCGCCUUCCAACUCGCGCUUUCGCAAUUUCCCUAUAUGCUCCUCCCGUCUGUGACGGGGUGGUUUGUGGGAUUGGCGUGGCGCGCGGAAGUACUGCCUGGUGUUAACAUGAAUUGGAGGGUUCCGGCUUGGGUUGUUGGGGAGAGGGAGAGGGUUAGUAGAGGGGAGGAGGGAAGGUUUGAGGAUUUGAGGAGGAGGUUGGAGGGGGAAGUUGUUGCUGCUGGGGGGGCUGCUUCGGGAGUUUCUCCGAAUGGGAAUGGGGGGGAUGGGAGUGAGCAGAGGCAGAGGGUAUAUAAUAGUCUAUAAACCUUGUUUACGUUGGCUAGUAUCUCUACUAUGUACUUUAUGCGAUUGUUUAUUGUUGUUGUGCACACUUACAUUCUGGGCUAUAAAACGCUAAAGUGAUUCCCUAUUCAACAAUUGGUCCUGUAGCUCAGUCGGUUAGAGCGU